AUGGAGGUGGCAGUGAUCCAUGUGUACUUCAGGUGGUGGUACAAGAAGACCCGCAUAGAGAAGAAAAGUCCCUUCAUUGACCUCUUGUGUGCUGUUCCUCUACAGCAGAUCUACGGGUGCCCGCUGGGCGGGAUUGGGGGAGGCACCAUCACCCGUGGCUGGAAAGGCGAGUUCUGCCGCUGGCAGCUGAACCCUGGCAUUUACCACUACGAAACGGUCAUCGCCAACCAGUUCACGGUGUGCCUGCGUUGCAAGGGGCAGACAGUUUACCAGCAGGUCCUGUCUGUGGAGAGACCCAACACCCUGCAGGGCUGGAACUGGGGCUUCUGUGGCCAUUAUGCCUUCUACCAUGCGCUCUACCCCCGUGCCUGGAUGGUCUACGAGCUGCCAGGGCAAAACGUGGUGCUCACGUGCCGCCAGGUCUCUCCUGUCAUCCCCCAUGACUAUAAGGACUCCAGCCUGCCUGUGGCAGUGUUCAUCUGGGAGGUGGAGAACGGGAAGGAUGAGGAUGUGGAUGUCUCCAUCAUGUUCAGCCUGCAGAAUGGCACGGGAACAAAGCAUGACAAGAGUGGAGGGCACUGGAACGAGCCCUUUGCCUUUGAGAAGGAGGGUGAGCAGGUUUCUGGAGUCCUGCUGCACCACUGCACCCGUGUGAACCCCUUCACCUUUGCCAUCUCUGCCCGGGAGAAGGCUGGCACAGAAGUCACCUACCUCACAGCAUUCAAUCCUGCAGGAUUGGGGAGAGAGGUGUGGCAGGACCUCCUGCAGGAUGGCAAGCUGGAUUCCCCCACUGGUAAAAGCAGCCCGACUGAGAAGGGGGAGGUGACAGCAGCGGCUGUGUGUGCCAGCUGCAGGGUGCCUGCCCGAGGUCACAGGACGCUGGAGCUGGCCCUGGCUUGGGACAUGCCCCGUAUUCACUUUGGCUCCGAGGAGAAGCUGCACCUCCGGAGGUACACGCGGUUCUUCGGCAGCAGGGGCGAUGCCGCUCCUGCCCUGUCACAUCAUGCCCUGACACACUGUGAGGAGUGGGAGAGGAAAAUCGAAGCAUGGCAGAAGCCUAUCCUGGAGGACAGCCAGCUGCCUUCCUGGUACAAGUCAGCCCUCUUCAACGAGCUGUACUUCACCACGGAUGGGGGGACCAUCUGGGUGGAGCUGCCCCCAGACUGCUGUGCUGAGGACGUGCAGGGCCCAGGAGGGGCUGGCCUCUCCCACCUCCUCCCUGUCCUGCGGGAGUACGGAAGGUUUGCUUAUUUGGAAGGCCAGGAGUACCGGAUGUACAACACAUACGAUGUCCAUUUCUACGCCUCCUUUGCUCUCAUCAUGCUGUGGCCCAAGCUGCAGAUCAGCCUGCAGUAUGACAUUGCUGUCACUGUGGUGAAUGAGGAUGUUCAGCCCCGGCAGUACUUGAUGUGGGGUCAGACAGCCCAGGUGAAGCUGAAGAACGUGGUGCCGCAUGACAUUGGGGACCCAGGUGACGAGCCGUGGCAGCGCAUCAAUGCCUACAUGGUGCACGACACGGCUGACUGGAAGGACCUGAACCUGAAGUUUGUGCUGCAGGUGUAUCGUGACUACUACCUGACACACGACUCCCGGUACUUGCGGGACAUGUGGCCAGUCUGCCAGGCUGUGAUGGAGUCAGAGCUGAAGUUCGAUACGGAUAACGAUGGGCUCAUUGAAAAUGGUGGCUUUGCUGACCAGACGUACGAUGCGUGGGUGGUAAGCGGAGCCAGGGAUGGAAAAUACUACAACUAUGACAGCAGCGGGAGCGACACCUCCAGCAGCAUCAUGUCAGACCAGUGUGCUGGGCAGUGGUUUCUUGGGGCUUGUGGUCUGGACCAAGGAGAGUUUGAGGUCUUCCCCAAGAGUCAUGUUGUCAGUGCCCUCAAGACCAUCUUUGAGAAGAAUGUCAUGGGCUUUGCUGGUGGCACGAUGGGGGCGGUGAAUGGCAUGAGACCCGAUGGGGUGCCCGACACCUCCAGCGUGCAGUCUGAUGAGGUGUGGAUUGGUGUGGUCUAUGCCCUGGCUGCCACCAUGAUCCAGGAGGGGCUGGUGGAGGAAGGCUUCCACACAGCGGAGGGCUGCUACCGGACGGUUUGGGAACGGCUGGGCAUGUCUUUCCAGACACCUGAGGCCUAUCGGGAGAAGAAGGUGUACCGUUCCCUAGCCUACAUGAGGCCACUCAGCAUCUGGAGCAUGCAGCUGGCCCUGGAGCGCAGGGCUGGCCGGGCACCACCUCCCCCCAUGGCCCCCCUUCACCCCUGA